CUUGACCCCAGCUGACUUCACAAACAACAACAAAGCGAAAAGUGUAGCGGAGGUGGGGACCUACCACCUAGACAAGAUAGCAUGCCUUCAGAUCGGCUGUGACUCCUGGCUGUGAUUAUAGGGGAACUUUGUGAUUACUUUGGUUUCAGCACUGUAAAAAAAGAGCCUGGAUCUGACCCGUGGUAUUUUCUGUGAUUGGAGAACUUUGCCUUUGUUGUAGUGAAAGAUGGCGCGACAAGUAAUGAAUGUGAAACUGAAUCAGGACCAAGAGUAUUUUAUAUGUGCGACAGACGAUGGAUUGAGAAUCUUCCACAUGGACCCUUUAGUCCAGAUUACUCAUGUUGGCGAAGCAAAGAUUGGGAGUGUGAGGUGUGUGGAGAUGCGGUUUCGGUCCAACAUUGUGGCUUUUGUCAGCGGUGGAGCCAGACCUUUGUUUGAUGACCGUACAGUCGUCUUGUGGGACCUGUUGAAAGAAAGGCCGCUGUCCAAAGUUGUGUUAAAAGAGCCAGUUUUGAGUAUCAAGAUGAUAAAUGACAGACUCCUUGUGAUAUUGAGAAGCCGCAUCAUCGUGCUGAGAGUUCCGAGAGGCGAGACCUUGACCGAGUUCACCACCAGGGACAACCCAGGAGGUGUGUGUGCCGUGUCCUGCACGGCCAGGAAGAUGGUGUUUCCUUCCUCCAAGAACCGGGGCUGUGUACAGAUUGAAGACCUGGAUAGAUGCGACACGUCCCCGGAGAGCACCCCUCCCCUCAUGGUCCAGGCCCACGGCAACGACAUCGUCUGUGUGGCCAUCAACGCAGCGGGGGACUCCAUCGCCACUGCCUCCACACAGACAAGGCCAACAUUUACUGAAUCAAACCAUUGGUCGGUCUGCCGGUGGAGGUGAAAUCUUACGCGUCGUUCACAGUGACGGCCGAGUGUGCGUGUGUGUGUUCUGUGGGCAGUGGAGACGCCAUUUAUGGAACUGUUUCCGCGUGUCCUACGACGUCUACCCGAACGUGGGAGAGCUCUACGACUGACUGACUGAUGAGUGACGGAGUGUCUUUGUGCAGGGGGAGAGCUCUACAACUGAGUGACUCAGCGACUGAGUGACUGAGUGCUUUGUACAGUGGGAGAAAAAGAAAUGCAACCGACCAUCAGACUCAAGGUUGUUUACACUCAAGGUUGUUUGUGAUGAAUGAAUAAGUGACAGUUUGGUGGAAAGACUUGGGUCAGGGUUCACUCACGUAUUGUUGUAAAGUCUAACUUGUUCACUCACCUUCACGUGUGUUGUUGUGACGUGUGACUUGUCUACAGCUGACUCACUUCUCCCUUCUGUGUGGAAGAAUCCGUAGCAGAUCAGAGCGGUUCUUUGAAGUCCCUGAAUUUUAUAAAUGUUCCAAUUUUUCCUUUUCCCUCAUUUUCUUCAGUUUUGUUCUUUUGUACAGUGAAAAGUGAAAGUUGGUCACAGAGGACAGUCCAAACAUCUGUACGCUAACAACAGACAAUGAUAUUCUAAACAGCUGUACAAGCUCUUUUUUGGUGUCUUGGAGUAGAUUUUUACCCGAACCGGUACACUGAUAUAUCAUGCUAUUUGCUGUGUCCAGUUGAAAUGUUGAAUAAAGCUGCCAGCUAAGGUAUAAAUCUGAUUGUUUUUAUCUAACUGCUCGAUGUGAGUAUUUCUGUGUCCCAUUUCACUGAGUAGCUUGAAGGUUCCCUUUGGGCCAGUUUUCUCUGAACAGGAUUUUUAAAAUCACUUACUUCUCUUGUUCCAGUCUGGCUUCUUUAUUUCCAUGUGGGAUUUAGGACACAUGUGUGUGUUGUGUUUUGUAUUACAAUAAAGUCAAAGUUGUUCAGCCACCCAUUGUCUCAGAGGGAAAUGGUUGUCUUAGACAGGUGGGUGUCUUGGCCAGUUUCAUGGUAAUUAGAAUAAACAUGGGUGGGGGUGGGGGAAUCGUUCCAGAUGACUGUCUGGGACAUGUGGCCGAUAGAGCGGAGCAGGUUUGUCUGUAGCUCAUCGCCGGCCGGCCAGGCACAAAGAUCUACAGGAAGAUCUGGCUCUUCUCUUUGGUGGACGUGGUCAAAGUUUUAAUUUGUUUCUGGCAUCCUUGUUGCCAUGGUGAUGGUGUGCUUUGCUUGAUCUAAGUGUGUGUAAUUGCUGUGUGGUCUGUUCCCUCUACUUCUGUCAUUGUUCUCAUUGUUCUUGGCAAAACAUAGCCGUUGCCAUGUGUGUUGAAAGUAAAGGAAAUAGAAAUUGUCUUUUAAAUGUAGUCUUGGGUGGUCUCAUGUACACUUGGCCAGUGGGUGAUGGAUGCAGCCUGUGUGUGUGUGUGUGUGUGUGUGUGUGUGUGUGUGUGUGAGAGAGGUGAAGUGACAGUCGCCGUGUCUUGUAACGUCACCGUGUUGUGAAGUCCUUGUGGUGGACACCCGCUAGUCACGUGGAAUUGGUGUUUGUCUUUGUGCUUGGUGGGGAAAAAAAGCUGUACGUCCGUAGAAAUGUCGUACGUUCUGAAAUAUCUCGUUGUAUUAACGAAACACCAAGUAGGGUAUCACAGGACACACAUGUAGCAAUCAGAACUUCAGUGUCGUUACCUCAGUUGUGUCCACUUUUUGUAUCUUUGUGUAGCUUACGAUUGAUGGAAAUUUACAUGCACAUGCCUAAUUGUUUGUAUAUGUACAAGCAUAUAUAUAUAUGCCUGAUUCUACGAUAUGUACAAACAUAUAUAUAUGUCUGAUUGAAUGAUAUGUUGCAGCCUACAAUAUAUGUCCUUAAGUCUAGUCUCUGUUGGUUGUGGUAGUUACGUGGUUGUAGGUGGCUCACACAAGUACCGUCAAAUGUGUCCAAGUCGACCCCCGGUUGUCCAAGCAGAGAGUGGUCAUCUUACACAGGUGGUCAUCUUGUCUUGGGCAGUGUCGUGAGCACGUGGGUGGCUGGAGUGUGACCCAGAAAUGUUCGUCAGUCCUGGGCUGACCAUGAUGAUACUCACAAACUGAUGGCCCUUUUUUCUCUGACGUUUAUGUUCUUACUCAAGCUUUUUUUUUCCUCAAGCUUUCAAAACGGCUGCAAAACUGUUGUUGUUUUAUGUGAUGUAAACUGCUUGCUCCAUCAGAUAGUUUGACGUUUGUCAGUUUGGAAUUGUGCUCCUCCCUGUGUGUAGCUGAGCGUGUACAACUCUCUCACUCUCAUGUUUCAAUGCGAUGGUUUUCACAUACUGCAUGUAACUAAUUUGCUGAUUGCAUAAUAAUGUUAAGUAUAUAUAUAUGUGUGUAAAUAUAUAAAUGUAUAUAUUAAAAUUUGUUGAAAUAAAUGUUUUAGUAUAUUA